UGUUGUUCCGGUUCUCUAUUGUUCAUAAAUUUCAUUUCCAGAUUACUAUGUACAGUUUUUUCAGUUGACCAACUUCAUGAUGCGCUGGAUUUCUGGUGGGGGCUCAGACAAAGAGCUGAAUAGUUUUUUCCAGUUGUUGCUCACGAAUGAAAACUUGUUUGCAUGUGGUCAAGCCAGACUGACUCUGACAGCCCCUGUUUUCUUCAGGAGUCGAGAGAAGCUAGAGUUCAUGCGCAACUCGAGGUGGAUGAAAACAAGGCAACAAGCUCUGCAAAUCAAAAGGGUUUUCGAGCGAGUGAUUGAUUUAAAACUUACACACUAUGAUCUGGGAGCUGAGCAAAAUCGGAGCUCAUCUCUUAGAGGAACAAUUGACCUACAGAUGUUCCGAUGCUUGCAAGUAGUUACUCUGCACAGAGUUCCCUUGCUUCUUGUCGAGAAUUUGGCAGUGAUUAGUGGCAUGGUGCGACAGCUCAACGUGCAUCAAUGUCUCUAUUCUAUAUCUGAACUACGUGGAAACGUUAAAGACAUGGCGGACAGACAGAGCCAUCCGAAGUGGAGUUCUCUGGAAGUGUUGGACUUGGGUCAUAACUGGGUGGAGGGUGUGGAUGACAGCAUGGCCAUGCUUGCUAGUACCAAUCUCAACACUUUCAUAUUUAGCUACAACCAGUUGGAAAGUUUCUAUGACCACCUGACAUACCUGCCGGUGAUGAAGAAGUUCGACGCCAGCUUCAAUCGUCUUACGACUGUACCCUCUCUUGCACCGACUGUGUACAACCACUUGAGCAAGUUGGUGCUCUGCUCCAACAGACUCCUUUCUCUACACGGCAUUGGUCACAUGUACUACCUCGAAUUCCUCGAUGUCAGAGAUAACUUCAUUGCUCGCCACUCGAACCUCGCCGAUCUAGAGAAGCUGCACAUAGUGAAACAUGUUUUACUGGCUGGCAACCCAAUUUGCACAAACAAAAACCAUUUUUUGAAAACUCUGUACAGAUUUUCAUCCAGGGCUUUACAGAAUCUGCCGGUGCUAGACGAUGUCAGAGUAACUUGUACUCAUAUUGAGCAAUUAAGUAAAAAAAUAGGAGGCAGUCGAGCAACCACGACUAUGGCUGCAAGUUCAAGCUCAGACGUCCAAUCUACCGAUAGAAAUAUUUCUCGUCUCAAUCAGAAUACGUUCCUAUCCAUCGUGGAAGACUUUGUGCCACAGAUGUCCAGAAAAGGCAGUAAAGAGUCGCCUUCAAGUUCUAAAGCCGAUAGAAAAGAUUCUAAAGGAAUAACAAAGCGAGCAAACACUGCAACCUCUCAUGUUUCAAGAAAUGCAACAAAUGGUCUGAAAAUUCCACUGGGACCUAAAAUCAGUAGCAGCUCUUCUCCAUUUAAGACAUCUACGCCAAUUUUGCCGGGCAAAAGAAACAAACCCGAGUCGUUCUCAAAAGGAAUAGAAAGUCCGGUUAUGUUCGCCGACGAAGCUGAGGUGAAUAAAUUGGUGAACAAAUACAGAGAUGUAAGAAACGACAUGGGAGGAUAUGGCAUCCAGGGGAUUCUGAAUGAUCUCAUUCCCCCCGAUGAUCAUUCGACACUGUCAUCUGUCAAAUCCAAGUCCGAGUCAGCGCGAGCUUCGUCCACAGAUGGUGGUGGACAGUUCAGCAGUGGACAGAGUACAAGUGCACCUGCGAUAGACAGAAGCAGUCCAGACGCCGACUCAGAACUUGGAAGUCGAUCAUCGGGUGCUGCUGUAAAACAGAAGCUAUCACUUGAGUCCAAAUCGGACAUAGGGUUUGAACAUAACCGAACUAGGUCAUCGGUCGUUGUCGAACUGAGCUCAGUGCAGGCUUUUGAAUAUUUGCUUACAGAGGAAGAAAGCUCUAAGUUUGUGGCUCAUAACGAAAAGAGUAUGAAGCGAUGUACGCUUUCUUUAUUCAGAGACAUGGUGAUAUCCACCAGCGCUGACGGAACUAUUUCGCAUGAGGUAGAGUUGAAAACUAUUUCAGCGAUUGAAUUGACCCCAAAAUAUGAAGCUGGAAUGAUACUCGUCAAAAUCCGUUUCCCUUCUCAGUUGCGGCCAACAGUGAUUUUUGGGUUUUCGGAUGCCAGUCCAAAUGGACUUGAUUUUGUGGAGAAAUCAAAGAAGCAACAUCAAGUUUGCUUGUCAAUCAAUCCGAAAUGUGCGGAGUGUAACUCUUCGGUUAUCGUCUUUCCAGAGUCGACAGAAAAUGGCUUUUGUCCGAAUUGUGAAAAAAAUGUUACAUCAUUUAAGAAUGAUGCUAUACAGGGCGAUGCUUCGAGCAGCGUCAACAAAGCGAGGACGUCAAACAUUAACAUUGCGUCUCAAGUUGACGAAAACUCAGAUUACUUUAGUGCGUAUGGAGGCGCUGAUGGUGAAAAAGAACAUGUGGUUGUUAGAAUGAGGCUGAAAAAGAGGCACGCUGAUGCACUCAGAGAGAGUUUCAGCUCGAAUAGAGAUAGCAGGAACUCACAGUCAUUCUAUCCCAGCAGCUUUACGCAAGAUGGGAGUGAUUUACUUGCGCUGCGGAAGGAAAUGGAUGGGUUUGUUGAGCCGAUUGUGCAGCUGGAACAUCGUCUGCACUUGCAUCUUUUCCAGUUGUUCGAGGAGUACGAAGAUUUCCAGCAAUUGUUCAAGGGCUACCUCAGUACAAGUGAUCACCCAGAAAUGUUCCCAUGUGUAAUUGUGAUUACUUCCUGCAAUAUUCGCUUUUUCCACAUUGUAUCUACGGACGAUGCGGCGGUACAGUUGGAAAAUAUCGAUUCCUGGUUUGUCUCUAUCGGGUCCUUCCAAUUCGAAUCAUUGUGGCUGUUUGAGAAUGGCUUGAGCAAUCAAAGUGUUCACUUCAAGUUCCAGGACAGCAACAAAACGUAUGUGUUUGUGGCGUUCAGUCGAGAACUGGUGAGUGAUCUCGUAGAUGUUGUGGUGCGUUGGUGUCUCAAGUACAAUUACGUCAAAUACUGUCGAUCGGACAAUAUCCUCACAGCAGAUGUAAAAAUGAUGGAGAAGCUGGUGCUACGCAAGCUGAAGGGCGUGUCAGUGUCCUCGCUCCCUCAGCAUCCAACUCUGGGCCACUACUUUCCUGAAUCAGUUUUGACUGCCAUCAAAGAGCAGUCUUGGAUGUGCAGGUUUUCCGCGUAUGAGAAUGUUCUGUGCUUUCUCUCAGCAACUGAAGUGGGUAUUUUCAUUUGUGCAGUGAACUAUUUUGUUGUUCAUGCAACCCAAGAUCCAAUCAAAGCUAAACCGUUUGUUCUUCUCGACUCGAGGACUAUUGGGGACGUGAAAAGCCUCACGAGGUACAGAUCCAGACGCAACGUGCUCACAAUUCAUUUUUUCGAGAAGGCCAGGCCAGAAGCUGUGACCAUGAGUGCUGCCACGAAGGCAUCCAGUAAACAGCAUCAGCGCAACUUGUCUUCAUGGAGCAUUAAACUGGGCAAUAUGAAACAGGUGUCUAGCUUUGCGAGUAUUGUCCAACAGAAAUGGGAGGCGAUGUAUUGCACAAGUAUGAUUAAUGAAGUGUUACCUGCAGCAGAGGAAUCGCUGCGUUUCUUCGAUGACUAAGCCAGUAAAGGCUCAAAUUGAAAUAGUUCCAGUAGUUUAGUUGCAAUUUUUGCUCAUAAAGCAUACAAUUUAGAAUAGUGAAACAGUGUUAUUGAUAAUCUAGAGCACAUGUUAUCUGUCACAAGUAUUAUUAAGUGUCCGCAUAAUGGUAAAUUUUAAAUUUAACGAAAAUAGAUGCUCAAAUGUCCCCAGAAUCUGAUGGUUGCUUGGUUUUCGGGAGUUAUGACUCUUCCUUUUGCCGUCGCAAAGAAUCAUGACUUCUUAUCAGCACAUGCUUUCGAUGUGAUAAAAUUGAAAAUUUAGUUUAACCAAAACCUUAUCCCGUGCUAUAUCGUAGUGAAAUAAAGUGAAAGUGUUCUAUUUUUUGAUUGCUAUAUUUUUCUAAUUUAAUUGUUACUUAAAUGUUCUUUCAGUAUAAAUUUUUGUGUAUUUACUCUGGCGACGAGCGAAAGUGCUGCAACCGGGUACCAUAAUUUUUUGUCCUGUUUACACUAGCGAGCUUCCGCAAAUAAAAGUGUUCAUUGGAAGUAUUCACUUAUUUGGUGGGACUUUUGCCAUAAUCACGAUCUGUAGCUUAGGAAAAUUUCAUAGCAUCUGUUCUCUGCUUUAUUUGUGGCAAGUGUUUGUGAUUUAUUAAAGUUCCGUGGCUGAGUGGUUUUUGUGUGAGACUCAUAAUCUCUAGGUCGCAUAUCGAAUCCGAGACCUAGCCGAAUUUUAACUAAUUCGAGGCUUAUUUCUAUUUUUUGUAUUUCACUUUAUAAUGCUGCUUUUUCUCGUGUUCUGGCUAGUGUUUGCGAAGCGCAGCUUCGCCUCUGCCCCAACUAAAAUGUACAACUUUGUCAAAUUGAGUGGCAUCCUUGGAGAUGUAUUUCUAGAAUUCAGCGAUGAAGAGAAAAUCAGUUUUUAGAAGAACACAUGUAAAUUUUUCAUAAAAGACAAUAUUGAGCUAAUGAGCCUGUUUUUCUAAAUUAUGAGCCUGAUUUUUCUUUCUAAAUGAUCAAUGAACGUUAAAGUUUUAUUCCUACCAACAAAAGUGAUUUGCUUUAUAUGGGCCGUUAUAAAGAGCAGUGUUGCUCGAUUGGCGUCCAAGUGGUUUUGUAAAUUAUUGUUGUAGACCAUGUUCGACAAUUUGUACCUAUGAUCACUGAAUAAAUUAACCUCUAGUAGUUUCCACGAGAGAAGCUACGUAUUUCAAUUUGCUUCAAAACUUUGAAAUUCGAUAACUGUUUCAGCGCAUCUGGCCUAGAGGUAACACCCAUACUACAG